AUGGCGAUCAGGCGACGAACACGACGACUGACGACGGCAGAAGCGCGGCUGAGAAGACGAAAACCAGACGCGAAUGUCGAUCUCAACGAAGAAGCUGCAAUUGGUGAGACUGUGAGAAUGAACAGGGGUUGGAGACCUGGAGCACGACGACAGCGCAACGGACGGCGGGGUGAUUUGGACCCAAUUGAAUGCUCAAAAUGUGUUCAAAAUUCAGUUAACCAAAUAGGGCUAAUUUGUCCCUAUUCACUUAGUGCAUCUUUGCAACUUGAAGGGUGUUACAUAAGAUAUGAACAUUUUGAUUUCUUAGGAAAACUUGACACAAGUCUUAGGUACAAGAAAUGUAACAAAAAUGUUGUGAGCAAUGAUGUUGAGUUCCUUAGGCGAAGGGAUGAUGUUCUUGGUGAUUUGCAAGCAAGAAGAAAUAGUGACUUUAGAGUUAGUAAUUCAGGACUUGUUGAAGGGUAUGCUCAGUGUUUGGGAGAUCUAAGUGCUGAAAAUUGCAACUCAUGCAUGGCAGAAGCAGUGAUGAAGUUGACGAGAUUUUGUGGAUCAACAGUAUCAGGUGAUGUAUUCUUGGGACAAUGUUAUGCAAGGUAUUGGAAAUCUGGCCACUACAACGAUGAUGAACCAGAUUCUUCGAAUGAGGACCAAGUGGGGAAAUCAAUUGCCAUUAUUGUAGGGGUUGUAUUAGGUCUAGCUAUUCUUGUUGUUGUUCUCUCAGUCUGCAAAAACGCCAUGGUGAAAAGAAUCCAUUGAAGUUAAUAUAAUGCCACAUAUAAUAUAAGUAGUACUUGCACUCAAAGUAGGGAUUAAUCGAGUUCUGAAAAUGUUAAUU